AUGGAAAAACUUCAAGAAAUAAUAAAUAUUCUUCAGGCUAAUAAUCUUUGCAAUAAAGUUUUAAAGAAAUCGUCAGUUUCAGGGGGUUGCAUCAACAGUGCUUUUAAAUUAUCAACAGAUUCUGGUGAUUUUUUUGUUAAGACGAAUAAUUCUCUGGAUUAUGACACAUUAGUAAUGUUUAAGGGUGAAAUGGUUGCUUUGAACACGAUAUCAUCAUCUGUUCCUGAUUUUGCUCCUAAAGCUUUACAUGCUGGAAGUUUUAAAGAUGGCGGUGCAUUUUUGGUGACUACAUUCAUAAACCUUAAAUCAUCAUCAUCAAGCAAACAUGAUGUUCUAUUUGCAAAGAAAUUAGCAUUAUUACAUUCGACCAAUUCACCGGAUAAUAGAUUUGGAUUUCCUGUGGUGACAAUGUGUGGAGCUACUGAACAAGACAAUACUUGGGAAAGUGAUUGGGAAACAUUCUAUAAAGAAAGAAGAUUAAAAUUCAUCAUUGACAAAUGUUUGAAAAAAUAUCCUUCAAAUAAGGAACUUAAAGAAUUGGGCAAAGUUGUGGUGGAUAAAGUAGUCCAUCAUUUGCUUAAAGAUAUAGAAGUGAAAAGUUCAUUGAUUCACGGUGAUCUUUGGUCAGGUAAUUGGGGUAUUGAUUCUGACACCAACGAGCCAGUAAUUUAUGAUCCAGCUGCUUACUAUGCUCAUAACGAAAUGGAAUUAAGUAUCUUGACUAUGUUUGGAAGUCCAAGUAAAGAAUUUUUCGAUGAAUAUCACAAACAUCACCCAAGACAAAAACCAUUCUUUAAGGAAAGACAAGGUAUUUAA